AUGUAUGUAAGUUAUAAAAAGAAUGAUGGCACACAAGUUAAAGUUCCAUUAGUCAACAACUGCUACUUAAACUUAUAUGGAGACGAACAAAAGAAAUAUUUAAGAGUUUAUGAAAUGACAGAUAUGGCAUUGCCUGACCCAGCUCCAGCACCAUAUUAUUAUGACUAUGGAGAUGACGUCAGAACACCACAUGUAGAUGAACAAAAGCUAACAUUAUAUUUAGAUUAUUAUAGAUAUAAAAGAUAUAAUGCAAUAGAAAAAACGAGAAUAGUAUAUUAUUAUACAGAUGACAGAAAUAAAUAUUAUAGUCAAGAUUUUACCUACCCUGAAAACAUAAGAUUAUAUUAUAAAAAAUAUUCUAACACAAACCAGAAAAAACCCGAAAUAGUUGCACUAUAUUUUAAGUUCAAAAGAGACAAUCCUAUAAUAUCUCAUAUGUUUGAUUUAAUGAACCCAGUAGGUUCUAUUUAUACAUCUAUGGAUGCAAGAGGUCCUCAAGUAAUGUUUGGUGUUGGUGCAUGGGAACAAAUAGUCGACAGGUUUUUGUAUUGUGCAAACUCUUCAAAGGAAACAGGUGGAAGUAAAACAAUUACAGGUGAAAAUUUACCUGCACAUAGUCACUACAUAGAUUUAAGCACAUCUCAAGCAGGUUGGCAUAGGCAUAGAUAUUGGGAUUGGUCAGGAAUGACAAAAGGUAAAGGAUAUGAUGUUAAAGACGACGUUAAGUUUGCUAUAAAUUGUUACUGGAGUGACACUCAGGGAGAAGGAAACCAUACACAUUUCGUUUCAGGAUAUACACAAACAACAGGACAAAGUAAAGAAUACAUGCCACCAUUUAUGACUGUAUUCGCAUGGUAUAGAGUUCAAUGA